CCCUCAGAAUGGUCCCCCGGGUAUGUCUGUGUUAUUCUUGAUAGAAGAAAGUCAUAGGCUUAUUCUUAAUUCUUUCUAGCUAUUGGACACCAUCAACAGUGGGCGAAGGAAAAAGGCAAAUGCUUCAAGGUCGACCAUGCAGUCCAUAUGGUGGAGAUGAUCAGAAAGAUGAUGAUCAUCAAUGGGAUAUCAUGGAAGGUAAUGAUCAUGAAGAUGAUGAUGAUAGGUACAAUAUUACAUCAUCGACAUCUUCACUUGAAGAUUCAAUGGUUUCAAAUGGAUCAGCUUCUUCUUCAACAGACAUGGCAGAUGAUGCAUCUUCCUCAACUUCAUAUUCAUCAUCUUUGCAAUCCAGUACUGGAUCUUUGUAUGAUUUAUCAGAGCUCAUGGCCCAACUGCCCAUCAAAAGAGGGCUUUCAAAGUUUUAUCAAGGCAAGUCUCAAUCUUUUACACUCCUGUCUAGAGUUGGAAGCAUAGAAGAUGUUGCAAAGAAAGAAAGUCCUGCUGCUUAUAGAAGGAAAAUGAAAGCAUGCAAAAGCCAUGGAGGUGGAUUAGAUUCCUACAAAUCAUUAACUCUUCCUAAACCUAAACCCGUCAUAUCAAAGAAAGUUUCCUCAAGGCCUUCACUCCUGUCUUCAUCUUUUCCAACCAGAAGAUCACCAAGUUUUAUUGCCACCAGUUGCAGGCCUCCUUUGAGUCCUAGACAAAAAAAACUUUAGAUCUUAACCGAUCCCAAGUUGCAUGCCUUUAAUUUGUUUAGUACAAUAUAUAUUAAUAUAUAUUAUAGUGUAAAGAAUUAACUAAUUGUGAGAAUAAAAUGUUGUAAAUAUACUACUUCUAUUAGAGAGAGAGAGAUGAUGUUAUUGUUGUUUAUAGCAAAUUCUGUUGUUAAGUACUACUACUACUUUUUAAAAACACCACCUCCUGCUCAUUUUGUUUGGAGAAGAGGAAAACCAUGAAUUUUUUGAGGUUAGAGAGUUUAAUUUCUUCCUUAUCUAAACUUUUAUUCAAAGUUUGUUUGAGAAGUGAAAAAUGUUGGAUUCUGUUGUGAUGCUUAAUGUGCUACUGGGUGGAGUUGGACACAUGUAUAACUUUUGUGAUACAGGGACUUCAUGGAAAAAUUAAUAAAUGUCCAAAGUUUGGAUUGAGA